AUGAAACUUACAAUUAAAACAUUAGAUCAAAAGAAUUUCCAUAUCGAAGCCUAUGGCUUGAGAACUGUUUGCGAUUUAAAACGAAGACUCUUCGAAACAGGCAAUACAAAUCUUCUUCCCGAGCGGCAACAGCUCAUAUAUGCGGGUCGUGUAUUGAAAGACAGUAACUUGCUUUCUCAUUACUCCAUAGAUGAGCGUAAGUUUCUAUUGGUGAUGGCGCGAAAACCGUGGAAGGAUUUAAAUACGAGAAUGGCCGAACAUGCCAAAACCACCAUCAUGAAUAAAAGCAAACGAAUGCCUGAAACAAGAGCUCAAAAGCCGAAUACCGAGGCAAAUAUUGUCCAAAAAAACGUGGCUGAAAUUAUAAACGUAAAACCACAGCAAAGAAAAAAAACGAAAACUGUCACAAUACUCACAGCAGAGAAAUCUCUGAAAAAUAAACCACGCAUAGACGUACAGGCACAUGUACCUGCAGAGAAAUUUAAAGUAGUGGGUAAAAGUAUAACGUCUUCGGGUAACACAACACAGCAGGAAUGCAUUAUUAGGCAUCAGCCAACAUCAUCUAGUCCUACGGAAUCGUCCGAUUCACAACGUUCAGGACAACCUCAAUCUCGAUUGAUGCGCAACAAAAAGGGCAAACAAUUAUACAAAACUAAACCGGUAAAGUCAACCAUAUCUUUGUUGAGUACCAGUAGAUCAAUGGCAAAAAAUAGGGCGAGUAAAAUGCGAACAAAUAAAAAAAAUACAUUGAAGAAAUCCAAGCAGAAGGAAUGUGAUGAAUUUUUGCUGCGUAAAAUUGUUGCAAUGGGAUAUAAUGAGAAUGAUGUCCGACGCGCUCUAAUCGCUAGCUUCAACGACCCCAAUGAAGCUGUCGAUUACCUCAUACAACACGUGCAAGAGCGCAUCGAGCAGCAGUCAGCAAGGAAGAAACCUCAGCAGCGACAAAAACAUAAGAAUUGUUCUUGUAGCCUAAUCGAACCAGUGAAAUCUGAUAAAUCCAAUGCCAUAGCGUUUUUACGAAAUGACCAAGACUUUAAAAAUCUACGUCGUCUUUUACGUAGGCGCCCAAACAUGCUGCAGAUCAUUAUAAAGCGGAUUGGCGCGUCUAACCCCGAACUUUUAUUUCUUUUGAAGGAGCAUGAAGAUGAUUUCUUGCAGCUGCUGCAUGAGAACAGUAUGGAUUCAGAAGAUGAAGAUUGUAGUUACAAUGCAAUGCAUAUCACGCCAGAGGAAGCUAAAAUCAUAGCGCGUUUGGUUAGAAUGGGCUUCAAGCGCCGGAUGGCCAUAUUGGCUUUUAUCGCCUGCGGCCGUAAUGUAGAAAAGGCUGUGGACUAUAUGUGUCGAAUCAGCGAUAUUCAUAUUUAA